UAUUCUUCCAGAGUCAUCCUUAACCAUCAACCGCGCCUUUCGGUUGUACGUACUGCGCGCAGUUUUCUAGUGCUACUACUCUUCGUCACACCUCCUCAUCGUCUACCGUCGACGUUGUCUCCGCAAUACCAACAGUUUCCUGUGUUUAUCAUCCCUUGCCAAACUCCAACGUAUCCUAGCCUCGUACAUCCAGGGAGUUCUUUUCCAGUGCCGAGGACGGAGAUUUUUCGUUACCAAAGGCUCAUAGUUCGAGGCAAAAGCGACAGACAGUAUGGAUGACAAACAAGUGCCAACCUUCAAGUGCGUGCUCGUCGGCGACGGAGGUACUGGUAAGACGACCUUCGUCAAGCGCCACUUGACCGGCGAGUUUGAGAAGAAAUACGUCGCCACCCUUGGUGUCGAGGUGCACCCUCUGGUUUUCCACACGAAUCGUGGCCCAAUAAGGUUUAAUGUAUGGGACACCGCCGGCCAGGAGAAGUUUGGCGGGCUCCGUGACGGUUACUACAUCCAGGGCCAGUGUGCCAUCAUCAUGUUCGACGUCACGUCCAGGGUUACCUACAAAAAUGUACCCAACUGGCACAGAGAUUUGGUCAGAGUCUGCGAGAACAUUCCCAUCGUACUUUGUGGCAACAAGGUUGAUAUCAAAGAUAGAAAAGUCAAGGCCAAGAGCAUUGUGUUUCAUCGGAAGAAAAAUCUCCAGUAUUACGACAUCAGUGCCAAAAGUAACUACAACUUUGAAAAGCCAUUCCUUUGGCUUGCACGUAAGCUGAUCGGAGACGCCAAUCUCGAAUUCGUUGCCAUGCCAGCUCUUCUACCACCAGAAGUUACGAUGGACCCACAAUGGCAGCAACAGAUCGAAAAAGAUCUCAAAGAAGCCCAGGAAACGGCACUUCCCGAGGACGACGAUGAUCUUUAGUUAUUUUCAACGCAUAGCCACUGGAGGAAAAGGCGAAGCAAUACGCCAUUUUUUUCUCAAAAAUUAUUACUAAAAGCUGUUUUAAGAUUAAAAGUGUGCAUGUGAGUAUUUGAAUUUCUUUACAAGGUGCGAAAUAAAAUUGAUUUCAAUGAGUGUUAGAAUUAAAUGAUUGAUGUAAAAUAAUGAAAUAGUUUGUUUUUUAAGUGGAUGAGUCUGAAAAAUUCUUUUAACAGGUUGUAAUGUUGUCUGAAUCCAAUAAAUAAGAAAUAAAAAUAUUUUCUGU